AUGUCCAAAAUAAUCACCAUCGUCGGCGCAACAGGAAUCCAAGGAGGCUCUGUAAUCAAAGCCCUUCUCGCCGCCAACAACAAUAACCCCAGUACCAAGCCCUACACCAUCCGCGCAAUAACCCGCAACCCAAACAGCCCCGCCGCACGAGCUCUAUCUCUCUCCUCGAAAGACAUCCAAGUAAUCCAAGCCGACCUAGCCGACCCAGCCUCUCUAAAAGCCGCAUUCACCGGAACACAUGCAAUCUUCGCCGUGACGAAUUUCUUCGAGAACCUACCCACGCUGGGCAUUCGCGGGGCAAUAGACUCCGAAACCGAACUAGGGAUUAACCUCGCCAACGCAGCAGCGCAGACCUUGGAAACACUAGAGCACUAUAUCUGGUCAACGCUGCCUGACUCCAAGGCAAACACAGACGGGGAGGUGGUGGUGCCUUACUACGAGAGUAAGAACGCGGUUGAUCGGUAUAUCCGCUCUGCUUUGCCCAGAUUACUGGAGAAGACGACGUUUGUCUGGUUUGGGUGGUAUGCGAGUAAUAUGCUGAGUCCGACUUUCCAUCCGAUGAGGAUUCAUGGUGUUGGUCCGGAUGGGGGUGGGACGUAUGUGACUUUGGUGAAUGUGGAUCCGGCUACGAAGGUGCCGCUUUUGGGGGAUGAGGGGGUGAAUGUGGGACUUUUUGCGAGGGCUGUCUUGGAGAAUCCCGGCUUGACGUUGCCUGGGAGGGUUGUGGCUGGGGUGGUGGAGGAGAGGGCGAUUGGGGAUGUGGUUGAGGCGUUUGGAAAGGCGAAGGGGAUUCGGGCGAGGGGUGUGCAGGUUAGUAGGGAGGAUUAUAGGAGGUUGUGGCCUGGUUUAGGUGAUGUUAUGGAUGUUUCGAACUCCUACUUCGAGGUCAUGGAUGGGAAGGCUUUUACUAGUACUGAUGAGGUCCUAACCAAGGAGGAUCUCUGUGUGGAGGGCUUGGUUGGAGUGGGUAAUGCAUUUGCGAGAUUGCCAUUGCUGGAGUAA